CAUCAAUCACUUGCUGAUAUUGCUGGAACGAACUUCUCACAUCCCAUUGCUCAUAUCGUGUGGCUGUAACAUUCUCUUUCUCAUCCUUUGGGUGAACAAGCUUUUCGCUUAAGCCGGUCCUUUGAAACCUUACGGGACAAAGAUCUGGGCAAGGCCCCAACUUCACGCACCAUGAUGUUCGACAACAUCAUGUCUCCCGGCGUAUCAGGUCAGCCAACUUCCAUGAUGACGAGCGAUCAUGAUGUCUACCAAAAUCCUCUCAACUCGAGAUACUGCUCGACGGAGAUGAAGUACAUCUUCUCUCCUCGCAAUCGAUUCAGUACCUGGCGACAACUAUGGGUCUACCUUGCCGAGUCAGAAAAGGAGCUCGGUCUUCCCAUCUCGGACAUGGCAAUUCAGCAGAUGAAGGAGCACGUCCGCAUUGAGGGCGACGAGUUCGGGGCUGCUGCCAUUGAGGAGAAGCGCAGGCGUCACGAUGUCAUGGCUCACGUCCACACGUAUGGUAUGGUAGCGCCCGAGGCCGAGAAAAUUAUUCACUGGGGAGCAACCUCAUGCUACGUCACUGACAAUGCCGACCUCAUCUUCUUGCGCGACGCCUUGGACAUCGUCCUCCCGAAGCUCGCCGCAGUCAUACAGCGCCUGUCUUCGUUUGCGAUCGAGUACAAGGACCUUCCAUGUCUGGGUUACACCCACGGUCAAGCCGCUCAGCUGGUCACGGUUGGCAAGCGUGCGAGCUUGUGGGUGACCGACUUGCUCCGCAAUCUGCGCACCCUAGAGCAUCAGCGCGAGGAGCUUCUGACUUCCUUCCGUGGGGUCAAGGGAACUACGGGCACGCAAGCCAGCUUCUUGACCAUUUUCAAGGGCGACCACGCCGCAGUCGAGAAACUCGAUGAGCUGGUGACUGAAAAGGCCGGUUUCAAGGAGGCCGAAGUAUCUACCAGUCAAACCUACUCUCGACUGAUUGACGUUGAUGUAUUGCACGCAUUGAGCUCCUUCGGUUGUGCGUGUGAGCGCAUCGGGAGUGAUAUCCGCCACUUGGCUAUGUUCAAGGAGAUCGAAGAACCCUUCGAGCCCGACCAGAUCGGCUCCAGCGCCAUGGCCUACAAGCGCAAUCCGAUGCGAUCGGAGCGCUUAUGCUCUCUCGGCAGAGCUCUGCGGGGCUACAGUGCCAGCGCUGAGCAGACGUACGCCUCACAGUGGCUGGAGCGCAGCUUGGACGACUCCGCUGUGCGUCGCAUCACUCUGCCUGAAUCGUUCCUGUGUGCAGACGCGUGCUUGAUACUGCUGAACAACAUCUCGAAUGGCCUCGUGGUGAACAAAGCUGUCAUUGCCAACCGAAUUGAGCAAGAACUCCCAUUCAUGGCUACUGAGAACGUCAUUAUGGCUCUCGUGGAGAAGGGCAAGUCAAGGCAAGAAGUGCACGAGGAGAUUCGCGUGCUUUCGCAUCAAGCUGGUGCGGUCGUCAAGCAGGAAGGCAAGCCGAACGACCUGAUUGAACGUAUCAAGAACACGGCUUACUUUGAGCCCAUUCUUGCCGAGCUGCCCUCGCUCCUCGAUCCUGCGACAUUCAUUGGGAGAUGUCCACAGAUUGUCGAGAAGCUCGUCAAGGAGAAGGUGAAGCCUGCACUGCAACCGUAUGCUGCAGCUUUGGCGAAUGCCCAAGUCGCGGAGCUGAGCGUAUAACCCAUGUCAUAGAACAUAGAAGCUGAAUCAUUGCCUUGGAUCCGAGUAUACUGACUGCGGCCUCAGCCGUGUUAUGUUAUGUACCGCCUGGAAGCGUACUGUAGAAGCUACAUGUAGGUAACGUAGCCCACCCAUAUCAGUACAUUACGUAUAUAUCUCCAACCCCAAACAUAGCCACAUACCAUCUUCAUCAUUCAUUCUUCCUCCCUCCCUCCCAUCCAUUAACAUAUUCUUCUUUUCCCGAGUAAAAGGAAGAAAAAGAAACCUCACGCCUUCCCUACAAACGGCCACGGAUCAUUCCUUGCCCAAUACAACAACGACCCCCCGACCAUCAAAUAAUUCAACAUUGUCACCCCAUGUGCCCCCGCCAACUCCUGAAUCCCAUACUUUUUCACAAUCGCCGCAUCCGCCAACGAGCUCAUCGCACCAUACAGCACCGCGAACCCCAACGCUUUCCGAUCUCGUGUAUAGCAAGCCAACGUGAGAAUCAGUGCUCCAUUUUGAAUAUUGCGAAAGGAAAUCGCUUGUACGAGUGCUUUUUGCGUUUUUUGAUUCCGAGUCAGCGGAGGAGCUUCUUUGUUUUCUGCUACUGCUGAUGGAGUAUCAAUUUCUACACCGUAGCUUUUGCCAAAUGCUGAUGCGUCGGAGAGGCCGCCUAUGCCGCUGACGAUUAAUUCGGCGCAGCCGACGAGGAUGGCGAGGCAUUCGGCGGGAGGAGGGAGGUUGGUCCAGAGGCUUUCGCCGGGGUAUCUGGUUGCCAUAUUUUUGGUCUUUGGGGGUUAUCUCUUUU